GCACGACAUGCGAGUGUCGAGCGUGAGGCAGUCGAUCUUAAAGGUCUUCACGCGGACAUACUCGCUCACGCUCAAAUCAGAGGCGAUAGAAUGGCUCGAAGAUCUCGUAGAGCAGUUCGAGAUUGCCGACCAAGAUGUGGCCGACACGAUGGACCACAUUGCUUCCAGUUUUGUCGAGGGCGAAGACAAUUCGAGCAUCGUCACGCGAGAUGCACUGGACAGAGUGUACAAGAGACUACAAGCGUCCAAUGGACCCGCUGCACCCGAUUCUCCUUCCAUGGCAAUGGAACAGGAUGACGAAGACUCAGACACGGCUCAGUAUCUCAAAGUGAUCAACGCAUUUGACAUGCCUCGCAUCAAUUGGUCCUUUGAGAAGAAAGCCUUUGAACGGGCGGCUGCAAAGCCAUCCAUGGUCGGAGCCGCCACUUCGAAAGCGCAGUACUUGCGCGAUCGGUUCGGGAUAGCGAAGCAAGUCAUCUUACGAUCAGAAUAUUUCUGCCCGCCGGCCGUGGGUGGGCACGAUCGAAAUUCAUACCCAAAGAUCACAUCGGUCAAGAACUUGCUCGGACGGCAAGGAGGUGACUUUACACUCUUUGGCUUGCUAGCGAGGACAGAGAUCGGUCAAUUCUGUCUGGAAGACCUAGACGAUCGCGUCGUACUCGACUUUUCAGAAGCGAGGCAAUUGGUCAAGAUGAUCACACAAGGCUCAUUCGUCCUCGUCUUUGGCCGCUUCACAUCAGAGUCUAUCUUUUUCGUCUCGGAAAUCACACAUCCGCCUGCAGAAGGCCGGAAUGUCACAAAGACCAUCUUCGGCCAUGUCGAUUUCCUUGGCACCGGUGCACUGACACAUACUGAAGAGACGCGCUUAUUAGCGAGCGAGAAAGCACAGCCGAAUGCUUUCGUCGUCAUAUCUGAUCUCUUCCUCAAUCAGCCCAAAGUCCUCCUCAAGUUCAGAGCAAUGCUACAGGCCCUCGUCACGGCAGACGCCAUACCGGCCGUCUUUGUGCUUUGCGGCAAUUUUUCGAGCAUACCCUUCUUGCUCGAUGGCAAGUCAACGCUAGCCUAUACCCAAUACUUCAGCGCGCUAGCAGAAAUUCUGCUCAGCUUUCCGCAAGUCCUCCAGCAGGCACACUUUGUUCUCGUGCCCGGCCCACAUGAUCCGUUUGACACGAUGACGUUACCUCGGCCGCCCUUACCAGCACCCAUCGUCAAAGCUCUGAUGAAGAUACCCAAGAUUACAUUCGCGACUAAUCCCUGCCGUAUCACGUACAAAUCGCAAGAGAUUGUCGUCUUGCGUGACGACCUGCUGAGUCGGGUCUUGCGGAAUUGCGUCUGGUUUGAUGAAGUACACCCUACGGGAGAGAUAGAUGACGAACAAGGGACCGGUCUGCACGCUCAGAUGGCUCAAAAUUGGCAGCCAGAGCAUCAUCUCGCACAAUUGGUACUCGAUCAGGGACAUCUCUGUCCGUUGCCUAUAUCAGUCAGACCGGUCUUGUGGGAAUAUGAUCAUACUCUGAGACUGUAUCCCAUGCCAACAGCACUUGUACUGGCAGACAAAUACUCACCAUACGAGAUCACGUACGACUUGGGGCCAGACGGCGAAGAAGGGCGGUGUCACGUCUUCAAUCCGGGCUCGUUUGUCAGCACCGGUUAUGGCUGGUCGACUUACAAGACCGACGAACGUAUCGCAGAGCAAUGUGGUCUGCCACCAUGAGGUAGUGCGAGAGAGGACGAUGC